GAAGAAAUGUAGGUCCACAAAGUCACAAACAUGGUUUUGAAAUCUUUCACUCUCUAUAUAUAGGUUGUUGUGUUGUGUAGCUUCCUAAGUCUUGGAAACAAAACAUUAUAAGUAUAUUAGGUAUACCUAUUUGAGCACAUCUCUCUCUCUAUACAUAUAUAUAUUUAUAGCAAGAGAGAGAGAGAGGAGAGAGAUGGGGAGGCAACCAUGUUGUGACAAAGUAGGGUUGAAGAAAGGGCCAUGGACUGUUGAAGAAGACAAGAAGCUCAUCAACUUCAUCCUCACCAAUGGCCACUGCUGUUGGAGAGCUCUUCCCAAGCUUUCUGGACUAUUGAGGUGUGGUAAAAGCUGCAGAUUAAGAUGGAUAAAUUAUCUAAGACCUGAUUUAAAAAGAGGUCUUUUAUCAGAAUAUGAAGAACAAAUGGUCAUCGAUCUUCAUGCCCAACUUGGCAAUAGAUGGUCAAAAAUUGCCUCUCAUCUACCAGGAAGAACUGAUAAUGAAAUAAAGAACCAUUGGAACACACACAUAAAGAAAAAACUAAGGAAGAUGGGUAUUGACCCUUUGACCCAUAAACCUCUCGCUGAACAAGAUCAAGGGAGCAAGAAAAGCUUAGUGCCUCAUGAUGAAAAGAAGGCAAAACAAGAUCAAGAAGAUCAACAAGCUAAAGACGAACAAGAGCAACAUCAACUAGGGAAAGAUCUAGACAAGAACAUGACAUCAAUUUCUAUUGAUGAUGGGUUUUGCAUUGAUGAAGUCCCAUUGCUCAAUCCACAUGAGAUCUUGAUGGACAUCUCUUCUGCUCAUCAUCAUACUAAUGAUGAUAAUGCCAACAUUAACAUUAGUAACUCCACAACGCCUUCAUCCUCUUCCUCUUCUACCUCGUCGUAUAUAUCAUCACUACCGGGUGAUCAUGAGUUCUCAAAGUUUCUUGAUGAAAUGGAGACUAUUGACCUCGAGUGGCUCUCAUCCGAUGAUUCACUAGAGGCUAACAUUAAUUACAAAGACGGAAAGCUCAACAACAAUGUUGAUUCGAUGAAUUUGUGGGAAAUCAAUGAUUUGAUCAGCUUGGAGUUGUUUAUGAAUGAUCAUGAUAAUGGUGUUGUUGGAAAUGGUAGUGGAUGUUCAAGAAUGGUUUUAGAUCAAGAUUCAUGGACAUUUGAUCUCCUCUAACGUUAUUUAUUUUCUCCUUUGUUGUUUUCUUAAUUAGUUUUGUUUUUGCUUUGUUUCUGAAGUGGGGGAUUUGGGUUUGGCCGGUGUUGCAAUUUAGUGGAUGACUAGGUGUAAAAUACAUGUAAUAAAGAUUGCAAUUGUGAACAUACUUUUUCUGUUAAAAUGUAUUACAUUUUAAUGGAAAAAUAGUUAUAUAUACCAAUUGAUAUUAUUCAGAUAAUAAGAAUAAUAAUAAAUUUCUUGAUCAA